CUGCGUCAGCGCGGCGGGGAAAAGCAAGAUGGCGUCCGAGGUGCACUCCGAGCCUCCCAAGGCCGGGGAGCUGCCGUUGCCAGGAUACGCGGCCUGGUCGCCCAACGAGCUGCAAGCCAGGCUGGCCGAGAUCGGGGCGCCCACGCAGGGUAGCCGCGAAGAGCUGGUGGAACGGUUGCAGACAUACACACUUCAGACUGGAAUCGUGCUCAACAGGCCAGUCCUGCGGGGAGAUGAUGGAGACAAGCCAGCCCCGCCUCCCAUGCCAGGACAGCACCCUGGUAUUCCUUUGCCACCCCCUCCAAUGGGGAUGCCACCGAUGCAACCGCCCCCGCCGCCCCCUGGCAUGGGCCUCGGCUUCCCCAUGGGUGUGGGACCCCCUCCCCCACCACCCGGCAUGGGCCCGCCCCUCCGCAUGCAAGCGGUGGAUCCUUCCGCGUUGCCCGAAGAAGAGCGUCUGAAACUGGCACAGCAGCAAGCCGCCAUGUUGAUACAACAGGAGGAGAGAGUCAAGCAGGCUGCCGUCCUUAUGGAACAAGAGCGCCAGCAAGAGAUGUCCAAGCUGCCCCCUUCAAUACCCAGGUCUGCUCCGGACAUGGGCCCAAGACCUCCGGGGCUCCCGAGAGGUAACCCUGCCGUGGUCCCAUCCAUGGGACCCCUGGGCCCGAGGCCCCGGGGUCCCCCACCGCCUCCUGGAGAGGACAGCCGCGAGGUCGAUGAGUCCGGGGUGGGACCCAAAAUCCCUCAAGUUCUGGAGAAGAUCCUCCAGCUCAAAGAGAUCCGUCAGGAAGAGCUCACAGCUGUGCCCAGCAUCACAGAUGAUGACAUGGAGACCGACUUGAGGAUGUUGGCUGGUAUCUCUGCUUCAGACGCGGAGGAGGAUGCUUUGGCGCUGUCUAAGAAAGAGAAAAACCGCAAGCGGCGGAAUCGGAAGAAGAAGAAGAAGCAGAACGCGGCCCCGAAAGAAGGUCCGGCUACCCCACAGGAUGCCAAGGGGCGUGGGGAGGAGUCGGGGAGCGACGCCCCGGUGGAAAUCGAGUACGUCACGGAGGAGCCGGAGAUCUACGACCCCAAUUUCAUUUUCUUCAAGAGGAUCUUCGAGGCGUUCAAGCUGACCGACGACGUAAAAAAGGACAAAGAGAAAGAGCCGGAAAAGGCGGACAAGGUGGCCAGUUCCGCUGUCCCCAAGAAGAAGGGCUUUGAGGAGGAGCGGAAGGACAGCGACGACAGCUCUGAUGAUGAACACGAGAAGAAGCCAGAAGCCCCCAAGCUCUCCAAGAAGAAACUGCGGCGCAUGAAUCGCUUCACCGUGGCCGAGCUCAAGCAGCUCGUGGCCCGUCCUGACGUUGUGGAGAUGCACGAUGUGACCGCCCAGGACCCCAAGCUGCUAGUCCACUUGAAGGCCACCCGCAACUCGGUACCCGUCCCCCGGCACUGGUGCUUCAAACGCAAGUACCUGCAAGGCAAGAGGGGCAUCGAGAAGCCGCCCUUCGAGCUGCCGGAGUUCAUCAAGCGCACCGGGAUCCAGGAGAUGAGAGAGGCCCUGCAGGAAAAGGAGGAACAGAAGACGAUGAAAUCCAAAAUGAGGGAGAAAGUUCGUCCCAAGAUGGGCAAGAUCGAUAUCGACUACCAGAAGCUACAUGACGCCUUCUUCAAGUGGCAGACCAAGCCGAAACUGACCAUCCACGGGGACUUGUACUAUGAGGGUAAGGAGUUCGAGACACGGCUGAAGGAGAAGAAGCCAGGGGACCUGUCCGACGAGUUGCGCAUCGCCCUCGGGAUGCCCGUGGGGCCGAACGCACACAAAGUUCCUCCUCCCUGGCUGAUUGCGAUGCAGCGUUACGGCCCGCCCCCUUCCUAUCCCAACCUGAAGAUCCCAGGCUUGAAUUCUCCUAUCCCCGAGGGUUGCUCCUUCGGGUACCACGCCGGGGGCUGGGGCAAGCCCCCCGUGGACGAGACCGGGAAGCCUCUCUACGGAGAUGUCUUUGGGACCAACGCCGCGGAAUUUCAGACCAAGACAGAGGAGGAGGAGAUUGACCGGACGCCGUGGGGGGAGCUGGAGCCCUCGGACGAAGAGUCCUCCGAGGAGGAAGAGGAGGACGACAGUGACGAAGAGAAACCCGACGAGACAGGUUUCAUCACCCCGGCAGACAGUGGCCUCAUCACGCCUGGCGGCUUCUCUUCCGUUCCUGCUGGCAUGGAGACGCCUGAACUCAUUGAGCUGCGUAAGAAGAAGAUCGAGGAAGCCAUGGAUGGCAGUGAGACGCCCCAGCUCUUCACAGUUCUGCCGGAGAAGAGGACGGCGACGGUGGGCGGAGCCAUGAUGGGCUCUACGCACAUCUAUGACAUGGCGACGGUGAUGAGCCGCAAGGGACCGGUGCCGGAGAUCCAAGGCGUGGAGGUGGCUUUGGCCCCAGAGGAGCUGGAGUUGGACCCCAUGGCCAUGACCCAGAAGUACGAGGAGCACGUGCGGGAGCAGCAGGCUCAGGUGGAGAAGGAGGACUUCAGCGACAUGGUGGCUGAGCACGCCGCCAAACAGAAGCAAAAGAAGCGGAAAGCGCAACCCCAGGAUACCCGGGCCGGAGCCAAGAAGUACAAGGAGUUCAAGUUCUAGCCCCAUUCCGAAAUGUCACGUCUGUUCCUGUUCGCGUUUGUCUAUUUUCAGUACCCUCGUCUGCUUUUCUGUCCCGGCCUGAAAUCCCCUUCUGCCAGGGAGCCCCCCUGGCUUUUGUGAUGUUCUUCGGUCUGAAUUUAAGAUGUGGAUUAUUUUGUAAAUAAAAGGUGGAGUUGC